AUUCUGACAGAUGACACCAGCGAACGAUGUGCAUUCUUUCUCGUAAUCUGCAAUAUACUGCGUUCACUCGGACAUGAUUCGGAUGGAGUUUGACUCCGUAGGUGGAUGGAAAGUGUCGUCAGAGUACAUUUGCACGCCAAUUUGGCCAGUUUUGAUCAUUGUCUCAUGGAUAGCAAGUAUGGAACCGCAUUCAUUUGCUAAGUAGACGCAGGUGCCUGCCUGGAUGUGAUAAAAGUCCGAGUCGCGCAUGACAUACAGGAUCAGGGAUUCUCCAUCCUGGCGGAUUCGCAGUCGCACUCCCUAAAGCCUACGGACUAAUGGCUGACUCUGUAGACAUAGCGACCGCUUGGCACCUUCUUGAGAUCUCUGGUAUCGUUCAGUCUGUCCUUUGUGCCCUCUGGGGUGUUUAUUUCUCUCUGUUCGUUCUUGCUCUAUGGGCUACACACGGAAAACAGGAUGUUGGUUCUACGCGGCUGCGUGUUGUAACCAUAGUUCUAUUUAUCAAUCUCUGCGCUCAUUUUAUCUCGCGGUCUUUGCAAUUUGCCCGUUCGCGCAUCACGGAACCCGAUUCUAAUGAGUUCUUCAAGUGGGGCAUACCCUUGACUGUCAUCGGCAAUGUCACCACUACCUUCGCAGGACUGUGCUCAGACGGUCUCCUUGCUUGGCGCUUCCAUGUAAUAUUCAACAGAAAGAAAUGGGCAUUGUACAUUCCUGGAGUAUUCGUGGUCAUUAACGCUCUUUUAUGUUGGUCUGCUGAUGCUCAACACCUCGCUGCAUAUCAUCACUAUGACUUUUACGAGAACACCCUCCUCGAAGUGACUCUGCAGAUUACCGUUGCCUGGGGCUGGCUCAUGUUCACUAUCAAUACGCUCCUUACGGGAGCAAUUGUCGCAAAGAUAUUGAUCACAGCCCGGAACAGUCACUCUGCCGUACGCAAGUAUGAAACCGUUAUCCGAGCAUGUGUUGAGUCAGCGCUGGUAACCUGGAUCGGGUUGCUAGUGUACGAAAUCUGCUCCCUUGCUCCCAAUGGUCAUGUCGUGACAAACUAUGACGUGGGCUACGUGAUGGCCUGUGUCAUUCCAGUUUUCUUCGGCAUAUCUCAAUGCCUCAUCGUGAUGCGAGUCGCGCUCAGCAAUGAGAUGGCGCGCCAUGCACCACCUGGGUCCGGCGUUCUUGGUGCGAGCACAUUUCGCACAGGUACUGCUCCCAGUGCGCAUACUGCAGAGUCCAAGACGGUCUCGUUUGGCAUCGAAAGCGGUACUCAUGUGGACAAACCCUACGGUUACAGUCUUGCAGCUGGCUAUGUGAGAGCUGAGGAGCAUCCAAUGGAGGUCAUGGCUCACCGGGUUUGAACAAACGAUGCAAGCUGAGGACCAGUUGAGGGCAUUUGAUGAUGUACAUUAUAUUCAUCUAUUGACGUCCUGACUGUCGACUGCGACGAUGUGAGGUGUAUUUAUCUUAGUAUUUAUCAUUUACUUCUACCUGUGUGUAGC